CUCGUAUUUACUUACAAAUAUGGCAAUAAUUCCAAGACGGUGCUGAUGCAGACGGAAAUUUUCUUGUGAUUUUCGCUUAACUUAAAAAUAGUCGCGUAACUCUAGUAAUUCUAUUGAUAAAAAGAAAGGUCAGAUGAUAGCAAGUUAAAGGAACACAGAACUCGCAUGAGAAGCGAUUUCGGAUAGGAAUACAAUAGGCCAUUAUUAGUCUUGUCAAACAGACCAAGAUAAUUUUGGAUGGAAAUGGCACAUACGAUUUAGGCCAGUGGAUGAGAGUUGCUAAUAACUGUUUUCUGUGGGAAGCCAUGUCAGGUGAAAUUCCUGAACCACCACCACUGCCAAUGCCUCUUUCACCGUAUGUGUUUCCAGAUUUACCAAAAUACAAUGGUUUUACAGAGAAGAAAACUCAGAAAGAAUUACAGUUUCGAAUGGUUGGUGCAAUAGAGAAAGGUGAUACUGAACAACUACAGGAACUCAUUGACAAAGGUGUAAAUACAAAUGCUAUGAUUGUAUUGGUAAAAACACCUCUUACACAGGCAUUAGACCAAAAUGAAGUUUCCUACAGCAUUAUAGAAACCUUAUUGAAAGCGAAAGGUACAGACCCAAAUUUAGCUGAUUUCACUCAGUUUGGACUGAGGCCAUUACAUAUUGUGGCCAAAGUUGGCCAGGUUGAACUCGCAAAACUCUUUUUGGAAGGCUGUAAAAGGUCAGUUUGUAAUAUCAAUGCCUUAGAUAAAGGUGGAGCUACGCCUUUACAUUUUGCUGCAAGAUAUGGACACAGAGAUAUGGUGCUGUACUUGCUUGAACAGUCAGCAAACAUGAAAAAAGCAGAUGACUGUGGCAGAACAGUGUUACAUAGGGCCUGUGAAUUUAAUCAUAAAAAUAUUGCUCAAAUAUUCAUCAACAAAGGUUUCGAUGUGAAUGUGAAGGAUAACUUUGGAUGGUCACCUCUUUUCCACAGCAUUUUCUUUAGCAAUGACCAAAUGGCUAGAUUUUUGAUUGACAAUGGUGCUAGGGUAGACUUUCAUGAUAUUUAUGGGAAAUCACUUCUUGAACUUGCUUGUUAUAACAACAUUGCCCCUUUACAUGAAGAGCUUCUCCCGGAGAAAGUAGCCCUAGCAACGUCUUUCAACUCAUAUGAAAGGAACAGAUCUAUUCCUUCUGAAGAGUUUAAAGAUUUGAUUUAUGAUUUAGAGCAUAGGUUUUUCCUGGAAGAUCAUGAAUGUUUUACAUGUGUGAAGCUGCUCAUCAAUGCUGGUGCUGAUCCUAAAGAAUAUCCUACAGAUGAAAUGGCAUGUAACACAUUUGGAGUAGAAGCUAAGAUCCGUGCAUACCUCAUUCUUGCCGGUGCCAUGCUAGACCCACAGGACAUCUGGGUUACCGGAACCUUCCCGCGAUAUCCAGACUGGCGGGAUAAAUGGUUCAAACAUCAACUGUGUGAGCAAAUACGUCUAUUCCGGCAAUGUCGGUACCAGAUACGUAAAAGUUUAGCUCAUACAAGAAAUAUUGAUAAAGCUAUAGACAGUUUACCUGUACCUAAAGGUUUGAAGGAUAAUUUAAAACUGGACAAGGAUUUCGAAUUAUUCAUGCAAGUUGUAAAUGAAGGUUUUCAAUAAUUGGAUGGUUUUUUUUUUCAUGAGGGAAAUGUGAAGGGGUUAAAAGGGUUACAUCAAAGAUAUAACUAGUUACUUGUCUACUAAUUAAUUACAUUCUUAAAUAUAAAGUAAAUUUAGAAAGGUAAUUUGGUCAGGAUUCUUGUAAAGGGCAAAAAUUUAGGCUUAUAUAGUGAUAUUUAAUAGAUUUUUAAACUUUUUAUUCCUUAUAAUAUCUAUUGUUUGAAUUGCAUAUUUGGAAAUUUGAUUUGAAUAAUCACCGAUGUGCCACUGUUUUAAUUACUGUAAAUCUGAUGUAAGUUAUUGACAGUUAAUGACUGAAACAUACGUUGAUGUCAUUCUGUUACUAAUGUCCGUUGAUUUGGUUUUUAGUCAUGGACAUCUUGUUGAUCACCAAUGUGCCUAUUGUUUUAUACUUGUUGUUAACCUGGCGCUAGUUAUUGACUUUUACUGAAUUAUCACCAAUAUACAAUGUACCAUUGUUUUAUUUGCUGUCAAUCAAAUGUAAGUUAUUCACAGUUAAUGGAUGAAACAUUUUUCAACAUCUUUUAAUAACUGUUUGAUGUUAGUAAUGGACAUUUGUUGGAUCAUAUGGACAUUUGAUGGCUCAUCAAUGUGUUAACUGUGAUAAUUGCUGUCAAUAUGAAAUGUAGGUUAAGAAGUAUAAAAAUAAUUGUGUACAAGGUGCUCGUGAUGGGUACUUGACAAAUCACCAAUGUGCCUUCUCUUUAUAUUUACUGUUUAUUAAUUUGGUGCUAGUUAUUGACAGUUUAUGUGUCACUAAGUUGCCAAAAUAAUUAUAUUGAUUAUAACUGUUGCUUUCAUAAAAUCCUCAAUUGUUAACAUCUUUAUGAAAUUGAUGUUGAUAUUUGAUGAAUUUUGUUUUAAAUAAUUGUUGUGUUUCAUUCAUUUGUGAACAGCUGUAUAACUAAAUUCUACCUACUUUUCUCCGAUUGAUUUGGUGCUAUUCAUAGGUUUGACAAAUUAUUGAGUUGCCUACUGCUUAUAAUUAUUGUUGACAUUUUAAAUUCUAACUGGUAAUAGUUGUUGUCCAAGUGUAACUGUAAGGUUUCCUCCUUUCAAUCCAUUAAUUUAAUGGUGUGGAUCUGGAGCCAAUGAUUUACUCAGUUAAGCUAGCUAUAUUAUUGUGGACCCAAUGCUAACCAUGAUUGGUUAAUGAUUAACUCAGUAGCUAGCUAUAUUACUGUGGAUCGAAUGCUUAUCAUGAUUGGUUAAUGAUUUUCUCAGCUGGCUAUAUUAUUUUGGAUCCAAGACUUAUCAUGGUCAGUUAAUGAUUUACUCAGUCGCUGGCUAUAUUAAGGUGGAUACAAUGCUAAUCAUGACUGUUUAAUGAUUUAAUCAGUAGCUUGCAAUAUUACUGUCGAUCUGUUAAAUUAUGAACAAAGAGAAAGUUUAGUGAAAUCUGUGUACAAUGUACAUGUAUUUUGUUCUAUUGCAUUACUUAUAUUAUUAAUAAUAUGUACUACAAGUAUUAUAAUUAUGCUUCUUUUUAGUAUCAUCAAACAUAUAUACAUGAAAAUGUUUGUACAUGUAUUGAUAUUGUAUCAUUUUGUUACUUUGUUGUGUUUAAUGGAUUAGAAUCUGUAUAUAUUGAAAUGUUUUUACAUAUUUUGUGAAUUUUAGUCAUUGAUAUUAAUCCGAAGAUAUCACAGUAUGUUUUACUGUUAUUUUAAGACAGUAUUUUGUUAAGGUCUAUGACUGUGUAAAUCCAUGAUUUAAUGUUACAUGUAUUUAUAAUCUAAAUGACUGAUGGGAAGCAUCAGUGGCCAAGUGGUUAAGGUCAUUGACUUCCAACAACUUGACCUUCAUAGCUGUGGGUUUGAAUCCCACCAGUGACUUUGUAGUCUUUUAUGUGAGGAAGCUAUUCAUUUAAGCUAAUGAAAUGUACAUCGUUAAACUCAGGUGCCUAUUUGUUAUUAAAAUAAUGCACAGAAGGGUACCUGAGGUCUUUUUUGACCAGUUAAGCUGGAAGGUCACCAUAUGAGAUUUACAGUGCUGGUGCUACUAAAAACCCAAGAACAACAAAAUUUAUGAUUCCUGUGUACAGAUGCAUUUCUUGGUAUAUUGUCUUUCACUUUUUAAAUUUUUUUUAUCUCAGUUUUAUUUAAUUUUUCCAAUUUAUUUGUCCCUCCAAGUUUAUUG